UUUUUUUUUUUUUUUUUGGAAUUUUUCUCCGCCAUCUCUCUCGAUUUGACAACUCUAAAAUUCAAUACGUCAUGCAAAAAUAGAUCUACUGGGCAAAAGCAGGCAAAAAAAAAAAAAGCAUAUUUCAGAAACAUGUCUGCCUGAACCCCUUAUUUUUUACUAUUAUUAUUAUGUAGAUAUAAAAUCCCUCUUUCUUUGUUUCCCUUUCUUCUCUUUCUCUUUCUUUUAUCUUUUUCUCUCCAUCAUGUUUAGCAUGGACCAUGCAAGCAAUGAGAGUUUUAUUUCACCAAAACCUAUUCUUGUAAAUAGUCCUACAAUUGCUACCUCUAUACUGCAGCCUACAGACUCCAGAAGAACAGUAGAUAGUCUUAAAAUUAAUAUAUCACUUGAUGACCCACACGGACAACAGCAACAGCAACAGCAGCAACAACAACAACAACAACAGCAGCAGCAAACAAAUAAUAUGGAUGAUUUUGAAAUAAAGCAACCUAUAGGGUAUGGAUCAUCCGCUAUGGUGUACAGUGCGAUUUAUUUGCCUCAUAAUAAACAAGUGGCUAUCAAAGUCAUUGAUUUAGAUAUGUUUGAACGGAACCAAAUUGACGAAUUAAGGAGAGAAACUUCUUUAAUGGCAUUAUCCAAACACCCGCAUGUAUUACGUGUGUAUGGUUCAUUUGUUCAUGGAUCUAAACUCUACAUUGUCACACCUUAUAUGGCUGUGGGUUCCUGUCUCGAUAUCAUCAAGAUUGGUUUUCCAGAUGGAUUAGAUGAGAUAAGCAUUGCGACCAUCUUAAAACAAGCGUUGGAAGGAUUAGCCUAUCUUCAUAAGAAUGGACAUAUCCAUCGUGAUGUCAAGGCAGGUAAUUUAUUAAUGGAUGAGGAUGGAUCUGUACUCUUGGCGGAUUUUGGCGUUUCUUCGUCUCUCAUGGAAACGGGCGAACGAGGUGUCCGUAAGACCUUUGUCGGCACUCCCUGUUGGAUGGCUCCGGAGGUAAUGGAACAGGCAGAUUAUGAUUAUAAGGCAGAUAUAUGGAGUUUUGGUAUUACUGCGAUUGAACUAGCAACGGGUCAUGCACCAUUUGCAAAACAUCCACCAUUAAAAGUACUGAUGAUGACCUUAAACAACGACCCACCGACCUUAUCACGCGAAACCACCACCAAUCGAUUUUCGCGAGUAUUUAAAGAGAUGAUUGAUACCUGUAUGUGUAAGGAUCCUUCCAAACGACCUUCGUCCGAAAAACUAUUGCAACAUGCAUUUUUCAAACAAGCCAAGAAAUCAGAAUGGUUAGCAAAGAACUUGAUUUCGGACAUUCCACCUAUUGAAAAUCGACCGGUGAAGAAAUUCCCUCAAAAGACCAUCACGCAUACGAGCACAGACGAUGAAUGGGAUUUCAAUGAAGAACAUAUUGCAGCCCCUAAACGACAUAUCUCGUUUGGUCAAGUGGUGGUUCGAAAACCUUCUUCACAUCAUCAUGCCUCAGAAUCUUGGUCUUAUACACCCAAUGAACAUUCUCCUCCUCCUAUUCCUCCCACAAGAAAAACGCGUGCCCUCAGUGAUGAUUUUAUUAUGAAGCAUCAACAUCAAGGUUCAGCACCUCCUGGAUUUCCUCAUACUGAUGCAGCCAAUGAUAAAAAGGGAAGGUUUAAUCUAAAUCGUGGAAGACACGGUAGUCUUCAUGAACGUACACCCACUGUCACCUUUUCAGAGGAAACGGGGAAACCCAAUGGUAAAUUACUCUAUCGUACCAUUAGUCAUGAAGAUAAUAUGAAUAGAAAAUCUAGAUUCAAUCAACAAUCACCACCCGCACCACCGCAUCAAGCACUGCCUUUAUCACGUAAUAAUUCCAAUAUAUCUAACCCUGUGCCUGUACUAUCAAGAGAGAACUCGAGCCAAACCAGAACUGUGGCUCGUGAAGAAGCUGCAUCGGAAUCAAGAAAGAUUGGUCGAUUUGAACUCACCAGUAACCAUGGUGACCUAAGACAAAGUGUGGUGGACAGCAAUUUCAUGACGCAACAUCAACAAGAGUCACCUUAUUCAACGCAUUCAGGCAGCACGUCGUCACUUACAAGAGGCAAGUCAAUACCCAUUAUAUAUAACCAACUUGAUGAGUUGAUGAAGCAAAACGAUUCUCAGAGACAGUUACUCAAUGACCUAGUGAAUAUGUUUGAGGUGCCAAAGUCGAAUGAAAAAGCUCAUCAGGACCUUGUUGAGUCUCUUGAACUGCAAUUACAGGCUUAUCAACGUGAAAACCUCUUGUUACAAAGAGAGAAUGAUACAAUGAGAAGACAAAUUGAGCAAUUAAAAAACGCGUGAAUUAAUUAGAAAUUUUUUUUUUUUUCAUUUUAAUUCAUAAUAAAAGAUCCCCCCUCUUUCUUUUUUUUCCAAAGAAAAAAAAAAUUGAGAGAAUUUUAAAAUAUCAAACCAAUAUGAAAAUUGGAAAUGAUUUAAAAAAAAGGGUUGACAAAAAAUUUGGGUAAUCUUCCUUAGUUUCCCGCAUCCACGGAAAUCUUUAGUAAAAGGCGAAAGAUUUAUCCGAUAUGAAAACGAG